GCAGCUUGUGUUUCAGACGAAGUGAAAGUGAAAGUGUGUCUUCACAGAUCUGCAGCUACAACAAGGGGAUCUGUACCGGUGGAUGAUCAUGGAUUUACUCUUACACAUACUUUGUUACUUGUCUCUAUGUUCAGGAGUUCUGUGCCUGCAUCAGAUGACAUGGCUGCCCUGUCAUUUCACUGAUGAAAAGGUGUUUCUGAAUGAAGAAGGUCACACUGAGACUCAGCCUAUACACAGAGAGGUCAUGCUGCAGUUUGGCCGAAAAGGAGAUGAUCCAGUCAACCCACAUGCCGUCACUUUCCUGGUCACAGGAUCUAAGUUGGACCUGCGGGAUUAUGUGGAGGGGGUGGAGGCAGAGCAUUUGGACUGUGAGCUGCGUAGGUACAGUACAGAGGGAAUCGAUGUCCGCUGGCCUGCCCAGGAAGCCAAGGAGUACAACCGUUGGUUCAGCUGCACCCUCAAACACAGCAAGGGCCUGUUCACCGUCACUAGCUUCCUCAGACACCCAUCUGACCAAACCCCCCCUGGACAGCAGGACUACCGCAACUGGCCUGUCAUUGAGGACAGGGAGAUGCUCACAACAAUGGUUGCCCUGGUCAUGAAAACACAAUCUCCAUCAGUCAAAGCUGCCCUGAGCUCCCAACAAAAGCUUCACUGCCAGUUUGCUCUGGACCACAGGGGAGCAAAUGUCACUGUGGAGUGGAACUGGCAACAUCGUGGCGAAAGAAUCAUACUCUUCAGCCAUUCCCGCCGCGUGGGGCAUAACCAGGGGACUGGGGUUGAGUUGAAGAGCCUCGCUAGGGGGGAUGCUACCUAUAACCUCCCCUUCACCAAGAUGAGCAGUGAAGGGAGGUACAUUUGUUCAGUGUCAGUGAAUCCACUGUUCACCAGUCUGGAUAUAAAUCUGUAUGUCGAAGAGCCUCCCCGUGUCACUGUCAACGUCGGACCCGUCUUCCAUCUGCAGGAGGGCGAGGAGCAGAGGGUUUUUUGUGAUGCAGAGAAUUACUACCCUCUGGAUGUGGACAUAGUUUGGUACGAGCAGGACCCGGCAGCGGCAGGCCAGAGGGUUGGCGCUCCUCUGCCCACUGUACUCCAGAACAUUUUGCUGUCAAGCCACAAACACAACCAAGACAAGACCUUCUCUGUGUCGGCGUACUUCUACCUCCAGGGUUCACGCAGCAACUCUGGGAGACAGUUUACAUGCAGCGUCUCCCACCAGUCCUUGCGGAUGCCCAUCAAAAAGAGCUUCAUCCUGCAUGUUGAAGAGCCAAGCAGCUGGUUGUCUGACCGCAACGUUGGUGUCUUUAUGUUCGCACUGCUGCUCUUCCUGGGUGUAAUGCUGCUGCUGUACUCAGGUGGAUGUGGAGGUCCUCACAUAAACAGGCUGAUAAAAGGAUGUGUGCACACGAUGAUCCAGCAGGAAGAAAAUCAGUACAGAAAAAACCAUACUGAGAACCUUACUGGCCUGAACACGCAUCACAAGCAGAACCAGUGAAGAUGGAGCGGCUGUCACUCCUCCUUCAUUCAUUUUUAUUUGUGAAUGUCCUAGGCUUUGUGUGAGAGUGAGGACAUUUUGGCCGGUCCUCACUUCUUCAAAGGCUUGUUUGAGGGUUAAGACUUGGUUUUAGGGUUAGGGUUAGAAUUAGGUUUAGGGUAAGGGGCUAGGGAAUGCAUUAUGUAAAUUAAUGUCCUCACUAAGAUAGAAGUACAAACGUGUGUGUGUGUUUGAUGAGGUGAGUUUUGGUUUCUGUGAAACUCAAAGUUGCUUUGAUUUUCAUGCUAAAAUUAUGAUGUAGAUUUUAAUCCUUGUGGGCGGCCGGAGCAGUCCACUACACUGGUGACGAUGUACAGUAUAAGCAGUAGUUCCAUGGAGCUGUGUUUUUACAAGUGGGUUUUGUUUGUAUCAUGUACGUGCACGAUGAUGCACAUGCACACAUGCAAGCACAUAGGCUAUAUGGCACAUGUUCCUGCUGUGGUUUUUCAAUACUCCAAUACAAGCAGUUAAUAAAAUCACUUCCAGCCAACAAACAUGGACGUAAGCAACACUCAGUUUCAAAUGUUUUUCAAAAAUCGGCUUUGUGAAUGUUAUAUAAGGACGUCAAUACACUCAACAUGUUGCUUUGAUCUCAGGGAUACAUACAUGGUGAAAUAAUGAAUGAAACUAGAACAUUAUUACACAGAGUAAAUUAAAUGAUAUUAUUUACCUGGAGUGAACCUCAAAUGUCAGAGAGCAUGCUAAUUUAUUGUUGAAUAUUGACAUUGACAUGAUCUUCAACCUAGAAAUAUAUUACACAUGGCAGACAUUGUAAAAAUGAUGGUAGAUUUAUAUUGAAAUUGUACAAAUUACUAAUGAAUUGAAAAACUGUAUUAUCAUGUGGUUUGUGCUUUAUUUUGGCAACAUGUGUUAGAAUAAAGUGUUCUUGGAGUAAGA